AGCAUUUUCCGCCGAAAAUCCGAUAGACCACACACUCUGCGUCUCCACGGCGUUACGUUAUCUCUCGCAUGCGAACCAACUUUUUCACCGAUUUACCGGUCGUUGGCGAUUUUCGGCGGCUUUAAAAUGCGCAACGCAGGCGGUGAUAAGCCAUUCUCCACACCCGUUUUGCUUCGCGAAAUGGGCUUGAAGACGCACGUUGAUGAUGAUCCGAAGACUAAGGCCUACCGCCUUAUCGGCUACGCCGCCGUCACCUUCUCCACAGUCUCGGUGAUCUGUUUCUGUGUCACAAUGCCAGUUGUCUUCACCUACGUCCAAUCGGUAAAACGUCAGAUGUCCCAUGAGAUGGCCACGUGCAACGUCAAUGCUCGUCAGAUUUUCGAUGACGUUGCUGCUCUGCGAGCCGGCUUCCCAUUCGCACAGGCAGGCAACCGUACCGCCCGUCAAGCUGGAUACGAUGUGCAUCCGAGCAAGCCAACGCCUGUCGGAUAUAGUGGUGGAGAUGCGGCUGCGGCGGAGGUGAAGGGAAAUAGCCCGGCGGCCGCCUACGAGGAUAAGCCGUUUGUUGCUGUUGGAGUUGAAGAAGGACCACACACCGCCACCACGGGCUCUGACUCCGAAGGAACGUGCCACGACUGCUGCCUUCCAGGCCCACCAGGCCCACCAGGACCUCCAGGCCGUCCAGGACCAAACGGAAAGGCCGGCGCCAACGGACUCAACGGAAACCCAGGAAGACCACCAGAGGCUCCAUGUGAGCCAGUAACCCCACCACCAUGCCCACCAUGCCCAGCAGGACCAAAGGGAGCCCCUGGACAAGCCGGGUACCCGGGAGCCGACGGGCAACCUGGAUCGCAGGGAGACAAUGGAGAGAAGGGAUCAGACGGUGCUGCUGGAGAGAAAGGACGUCCAGGACCACUUGGAAAGAUCGGAGAGCCGGGAGCAACUGGAGAGACGGGAGAGAACGCUGAGAAUAGUGAGCCGACUCCAGGACCACAAGGACCACCGGGAGCCAUUGGACCAGUUGGAUCACGUGGAACUCCAGGACAUCCUGGAGAAGAUGGAGAAGCUGGAGCUCCGGGAGCACCUGGAGAGAAUGGAACUGACGGAGAGAAUGGAGAAGAUGGAGUUCCUGGAGUUCCAGGACACGAUGGAAAAGCCGGAAGAGCUGGAGAACGGGGAAUUUGUCCAAAGUAUUGCGCCAAGGAUGGAGGAAUCUUCUUUGAGGAUGGAACCCGGCGUUAGAUGGAGAUUUUUGGAUUUGAAAAAAACUAUUUAUUUGCUCACUUUUGCUUCAAUAAAACCAUUUUUAUCG